UAUUCAGCAGAGGAGAAGGGAAGACUCUGUCAAACCUUCUUAUCAUCUUAAACUAUCUGGAACUACUGUAGGAACUGUCCAGCAGUUUAACCUUGUGAUCAUGAAACUCCCUUAUUUCUACCUGCUUGGAUUACUUAUCACCAGCGGGCAAGCGGUUUUGCAAGUGUCUAUCUCCCUCAGCAAAGUAGAAAUUAGUGUUGGUCAAUCUAAGUAUUUCACAUGCACAGUUAUUGGUGAACCUGAAAGCAUAGACUGGUUUAGCCCACAAGGAGAGAUAAUCAUAUCUGGUCAAAGGCUUGUAGUUCAGAAAGAAGCGCACCGAUCUUGGCUGACAAUAUACAAUGUUAAUGUAGAUGAUGCUGGAAUAUAUCGAUGUCAAGCCAUAGAUGCUAAAGGAAAUACUCAGGAAUCCACUGUUGUCUUGGAAAUUUACCAAAAACUCACAUUUGAUGAAGUAAAAUCCCCUCAAGAAUUUAUACAAGGGGAAAAUGCAGAAGUUGUUUGCCGUGUCAGUAGUUCACCUGCCCCAUUGGUCAAAUGGAUAAAUAAUGGUGAAGAUGUCACAGACAUUGAUGACAGUCAAUUUGCAAUGUUAGCAAACAAUAAUCUACAGAUUCGGAAUAUAGGUAAAAGAGAUGAAGGUGUAUACAGAUGUGAGGGACGAGUGGAGGUUAGAGGAGAAAUUGAUUUCCGUGAUAUCAAUGUAAUCGUGAAUGUUCCGCCAGCUAUUUUACCCCAACAAAGAUCUUUUAAUGCAACUGCAGACCGUCAAGAGGAUAUUACUUUACUUUGUCGUGCCACUGGCUCUCCUAAACCUCUUCUCAGCUGGCAUAGGAAUGGCAAAGUGGUUGAAGAAAAUGAUAAGUACACUUUAAAAGACAACAACACAGAAUUAACCAUUAAAGAUAUUAUUAAUAGUGAUGCAGGAACUUAUAUCUGCAGAGCUACAAACAAAGCAGGAUUCACAGAAAAAGAAUCUUUUCUUCAAGUAUUUGUGCAGCCUCAUAUUGUACAACUACAAAAUGAAACUACAGUUGAAAAUGGUCAUGUAACAUUGACAUGUGAAGCAGAAGGUGACCCUGUGCCAGAAAUAACGUGGAAAAGAUCUAGUGACGGAAUGAUUUUUUAUGAUGGUGAAAAGAGCGCAGAUGGACGCAUAGAAAGCACAGCAUAUGGAAAAUCGUCCUUGCAUAUUAAAACCGUGAUGCUGUCUGAUGCAGGGAGAUAUGACUGUGAAGCAGCAAGCAGAAUUGGUGGUCACCAAAAAAGCAUGUACCUCAAUAUUGAAUAUGCACCAAAAUUUAUUUCAAACCAGACUAUUUUCUACUCCUGGGAAAAUAAUCCAAUUAAUAUAAGUUGUGAUGUGUUAUCUAAUCCACCACCAUCAAUUUAUUGGAGUAGAGAAAAACUAUUGUUGCCUGCAAGGAAUAUAACAAAUAUAAAAACUUAUAGAGAUGGGAAAAGAAUAUUGCUAGAGAUAACACCAUUAUCUGACAAUGACUUUGGACGUUACAAUUGUACAGCCAUAAACGCAAUAGGGUCGAGGUAUCAGGAAUAUAUACUCACAUUGGCUGAUGUACCAUCUAGCCCCUAUGGCUUACGAGUUAUAGAGUUGUCACAAACAUAUGCAAAAGUUUUUUUCAACAAACCAGAUUCACAUGGGGGUGUGCCCAUUCACCAUUAUCAGAUGGAUUUCAAGGAAGUGUCUUCAGAAACAUGGAAGGUUGUACAUUCCAUUGGAACUCAAACAAUUAUUGUUUUGGCUAAUUUGGAACCAAAUACGACAUAUGAAGUCAAAGUUGCAGCUGUAAAUGGAAAAGGACAAGGAGAAUACAGCAAAGCUGAGAUAUUUCAGACUCUUCCAGUUCGUGAACCAAGCCCACCGGCUAUCCAUGGGCAACCAGGAGGGGGGAAAAGUUUUAAACUUAGCAUUACCAAGCAGGAUGAUGGAGGAGCGCCAAUUUUGAAUUAUGUCAUAAAGUAUCGAAGUAAAGACAAGGAAGAUCAGUGGCUAGAAAAAAAGGUUCUUGGCAAUAAAGAUUCCAUAAUUUUAGACCAUUUACAAUGGAAUGUGGGCUAUGAAGUUCGAAUUAUAGCUUCAAACAGACUUGGGCAUUCCGAGCCAACAACAUAUGAAUUCACAAUGCCACCAAAGCCCAAUAUAGCAGAUACUCUUUUCAGUGGUCUUGGGAUUGGUGCAGUCAUUGGAUUGGCAGUAACAGCAAUUCUUCUAAUUCUUGUUGUGACGGAUGUGAGUUGCUUCUUUUUAAGACAAUGUGGCUUGUUGAUGUGCAUAACCAGAAGAAUUUGUGGAAAGAAAAGUGGAACCAGUGGAAAAAGUAAAGAUCUAGAAGAAGGAAAAGCUGCAUACUUGAAAGAUGGAUCAAAAGAGCCAAUAGUAGAGAUGAGGACUGAGGAUGAAAGAAUUACUAAUCAUGAUGGGAGUCCGGUAAAUGAGCCCAAUGAAACAACACCACUUACAGAACCUGAGAAACUACUACAAAAGGAAGAAAAUGGAAAAGAAGUUUUGAGUGCAGAAACUAUUGAAAUCAAAAUAUCAAAUGAUAUUCAGACAAAAGAAAAUGAUAGCAAGGCAUAGCAUGAGGAAAACUAUAUCAACUUCAAAAAUUGAAAACUGGCGAUACAAUCCCAACAUCAGUGCUCUGCUGCAGACAGUUAUCAGCUAAAAUUGGCUUUCAAUUGCCGGAAUAAAAGUGUCCAUAUUUGAUCUACUCACAUCUACUGUAUUUUAAGGUUUUGUUGAAUAAUUUAGUAUGUUUGUCUGAUUAACAGCAUAAAUGUAUAAAACUGAAGAUAAUUGAAAAAAUCUUUAAUUUAUUAUAAAAUAAAGUGUUCUAUUUAUAAAA